UACCUUUUAGUUCUGUUCAUUCUCACUGAACGAGCAGGUGAAGUUUCAGUUGGUUCAUCUUUGUUUAGUUAAAUGAAUCAUUAAACAAAUAAAUGUCUCUGUCUCCCCGAGGGGGAAUCUAAGAACUGAUCAAAUCAGAGCAGGCAGAUCACUCAGCCUCCUGUGGUGGUAACGGUCACUGGUGAAGAAACACAAAAACUACAAUAGUAAUAAUAAAAACAAAACAACCGUUACAAAGUGCUUCACAAACAACUCAAAUAGAAACAAGAAAACAUAACAUCAAAAGCAACAAGCAUCUUUUUACUUACUUUUUUACAAGCAUUAUUCUAAGUUAAACCAAAAAAGGGUCUGUUGUUGUUACACACGUUUCAAUGAUCUAUGUAAAAGAAAACAAUCUUGUGUUUGCUUGUAUCACAACAUAUUAAUGAAGAUCCCACUCAGCCUUUUAUUUUGCACUUGAUGAUGAAGACAAUGAUGUGAUGAUUGUUGCUUAACACCUCCACGGUGCUCGUGUUGUGACGAUACACGACAAGAUUUAUUAUCCUGGCGUCUCCAGUUUACCACCAUAAGUGAGGAGGGGGCAUAUUAUUGAGAAGCAUGUACUGUGAACUCAAGGCUAACAACUUGGUUAUUGGUCACGGUGCAGUAGAGCUGAAUGGACUCGUCAGUUUCUGAUGAUAGCGAGUGAAUCGCUCGUAUGUUUUUUUUUACCUCAGACCCCUUGCUGUGACCAAUUUGACCGCAAAGAUGCAAACGGGGCGCCACCAUAUCUCUGUCGUGUGAACAAAACCGCCCAGUCAUUAGACAAGUCCUCGGUGUACAUGUGAGCCCUUUGCUCUGGUUUGUGGGUCUUACUCGGAGUUGGCAUCUGGAAUAACCAAUUGAUGCUGAGAAAUCAUUUGCUUUUCCUAGAAUUAAAAUCUAAUACCAGGCGGUUUAGUGUGUGGAGGUUUUUAUUUGAGAGGAAUUUGUGACGGGCUGUGAGUACUCACAAUUAAAAUUGUUGUUCACCAUUCAUGCCAAAUUUGAAGGAUGCACGAGACGAUUUGCAGCGUGAAAGUGAGGCAAGGGGAGAUGUUCUAUGCUAAAAUGAAAACAGCUUGUGACUGAGGGGGAAUCAUGUGUUGGAAGAAACAAAACAAUGUAAAGUCAGAAUCUGAAUGAAGAUAGUGUCUUUUAAGAUAGUGUGCCACUUUAUUGAUUCUAGUGGGAGGAAUGUGGAGUGUGUAAUAGCGUAGAAGUCAUGAGUACACGCGUUUAAAGAAAAUAAGAAAAGAACCAGUUUUAUUCAAGCAGUUUACAUAAGAUGUGAUGAAAUAAAUUAAAAACAUGUUCACCUCAGUAACCCUUAAAGCGGAGCUCAAAUGAAGUUAACCUACAUAAAGGUGAACUUUGCUGUUUGCAUAUUCACUGUGUAAACAUGAUUGUGGAACAGAGGGGAUUCCAGAUGUUGCACAGAGUCAUAAAAUCAGCUUUAUCUUGUGCAUGUUUGAUUGUGAGUCAAAACAAAAAUUAUGAUGACGAAGUAAAGCUGCACACAUUUUUUGAUUCCUCACAUUUACUCAUUAUUUAUAACGAUGAAAAUGUUAGUCAUGAUACCAAAGAAAAAUUACUCAUUAUAUGUGAAAGUAUUGACAUACUAAUAACUUCUGUAGCUCUUCAGUCUUGCUACACAAGUGAUUUUCAGUGCUUUUAGAAAAUCAAACAUAAGUUGCUCAGACUUUCCCAGCACUAUUGUCAACAGCAGAAUUUCUGUACGGGAAGCUCGACGCCCCCGAGCACAGUGCAAAGUGCACACGCCUGCUCCACCACGACGCAGUCAUCACUACACUCAUGACAUUUUCACUGCACCACAUCUCGCCUCUGACGCGACCUGGGACACAGACUUGUGCUGAGUUAUCCAUUGCUUAUCUGUUUCUGUGGAGAUUCUGGGAGGUGGACGGUUGAGACCAGACCAUGUUUGUGACUGUUCUCCUGCUCCUGAUCACUCUGUGUGCCGUGGGAGGACAUGGCGAGGAGCCAAAGAGACCCGGCCAUGGCGAGGAGCCAAAGAGACCCGGCCAUGGCGAGGAGCCAAAGAGACCCGGCCAUGUCUCGGUGGUGAUAGUGGGAGCCACCGGUGACCUGGCAAAGAAGUACCUGUGGAACGGCUUCUUCCAGCUCUAUGUCAAGCAGGUCAGUAGUGGUAACACCUUUUCCUUCUACGGCGGAGGACAGACACCUGCCGACGAAGCCAAUCCGCUCCUCUUUGAGAUCCUGAAGUCGGUGUCGUGCUCAAAGGGUGUAUCCGAGGAGCGCUGCGCUCUUCUGAAAGAGCAGUUCCUUCGACUCGCACAGUAUCGGCAGCUGAAAACCCUUGAGCACUACCAGGAUCUGGCCAAGCACAUUGAGAAACGGCUUCAGGAGGAGGGAAUCACGGAGGCAGGGAGGCUCUUCUACCUCUCAGUGCCAGCUUUUGCAUACGCAGACAUUGCAGAUAAAAUCAACAACAGCUGCAGACCGACCAGCGGGGCAUGGUUGAGGGUGGUGCUAGAGAAACCUUUCGGACAUGACUUUACGAGCGCUCAGGUGCUAGCAGAACAGCUCGGGACUUCCUUGAGGGAAGAGGAGAUGUACAGAAUUGACCAUUACCUGGGGAAGCAGGUGAUUGCAAAGAUACUUCCAUUCAGAAUACAGAACAAGAAGUUUCUGGAUCCCAUCUGGAACAAGCACCACAUUGAGAGAGUGGAGAUUGUGAUGAAAGAGACCCUGGAUGUUAGAGGUCGUAUUCCAUUCUACGACCAGUAUGGUGUGAUCAGAGACGUGAUACAGAACCACCUGACCGAGGUCAUGAUGCUGUUGACCAUGAGGCUUCCCCUAAAUCUGACCUCCAGUGAGGAAGUCGUUGAAAACAAGCUGCGGAUCCUCAGUUCACUGCUGCCCUUAGGAAAGAAUCAGGCUGUGAUUGGCCAAUACCAAGCGUACAAGUCAGAGGUUCAGCAGGAGCUGAAGAAAACGAAAGAUCACGUCAGUCUCACGCCAACAUUUGCAGCUGUGUUGGCCCACAUCGAUGAGACCCAGUAUGAGGGUGUUCCAGUUCUUUUAAUCUCAGGGAAGAUGUUGGAUGAGCGGGAGAGUUACGCUCGUAUACUUUUCAAGAACGACAUCUUUUGCGUUCAGAACCACAACAGCGUUCACUGCAAACCUAAACAGAUCGUUUUCCACUUGGGUCAUGGCAGCCUUCAAUAUCCGGCCAUUCUUGUGAGUAAGAAUUUAUUCAAGCCGGCUUUAAUGGAGGGUGAGUGGAAGGAAGUGACAGAGCACAGAGACGUCAGUGUUUUAGGUUUGCCCCUUUCAGACUACUAUGUGCAAACGCCAACAGAGCAGAGGGAAGCGUAUGAAGAGCUGAUCUCUCACAUCUUUGCUGGGCAGAAGAAUAGUUUCAUUAGUGUUGAAAACCUGCUGGCAUCGUGGGACUUGUGGACACCACUGCUCAGUAGCUUGGCCAGCUCUUUUCCCCGCAUCUACCCUGGCGGUGCAGACAAUGAGGACGUGUUGGACUUCUGUCUGACAGGGAGGGACAUUCGCUACAAAAGCAAGGUGGUGAUAAUCAGCCCUGAUCAGAUGGGUGCCAUGGCACCAAACGGUUUCCAAGUCAUGCAAGGCAAAUUUCGCAGUGCCGACAUGGUGUCCGCCUGGGCCGAGGAGCUGGUGGAGCAGCUGGCUGCAGAUGUGCAGGAAGCGGCAGAGGCAGCGGUGCGUGAGAGCGGCGUUUUCCAUCUCGCCCUUUCUGGCGGGUCCUCACCCAUCGCUCUGUUCCACAGGUUGGUCCUGCACCACUUCUCCUUCCCCUGGAAGGACACCCACGUGUGGAUGGUGGAUGAGCGCUGCGUGCCGCAGACUGAGCUGGAGUCCAACUUCUACACGAUGUACAACCUCCUGCUGCAGCACGUUAGGAUACCGUACUUCAACAUCCACCCCAUGCCAGUGCAGCUCAACCACCGUCUGUGUGUGGAGGAGGACAGAGGAGCACAGCUGUAUGAGAAAGACAUCAACAAUUUGGUGAACGGCUCCAGCUUCCACUUUUUGCUGUUGGGAGCCGGCUACGACGGCCACACUGCUUCUCUGUUCCCUGGGACUAAAGUGGAUGAAUAUGGGGAGAGUCUGGUGGUCCUCACUGAGAGCCCCGUCAAACCUCACCAGCGUAUGAGUCUCACGUUCAGCGCCAUCAACCGUGCACGCACAGUUGCUAUGUUAGUGAUGGGUAAAGGCAAACAUGAGCUGAUCACCCAGCUGAGCCGAAUGAAGGACAACCCAGAAAAAUGGCCCGUCACGGGGGUGAAGCCUGCUAAUGGCAGACUGGUGUGGUACAUAGACUAUGAUGCACUUUUAGGGCAGUGAUCGUUAUCCUAACUUUCAAUCACACAGCUGCUUUAAUUCAGCGUCUGGUUUGGAGUGAAGAAUGUGUGAGGACCAGUACAUGUUUUAGUUUGUUAAUUACAAAUAACAUAAACUGAUCAUUACUGCUGCAUUUCUUUAAUGUCAGUGUUUUUCUGAUUUGAUUUCCUGACCUGCAAACAUGAACUUAAAUCAAAAUAACUGGGGGGGUUUUCUUGUGGGGAAACAUGGACACUGAACAUGAUUACAUUUGUGUUUCCUCACGUUAAAAGUGACACUAUUUUCCUGCUCAUGGAUUCACCAGCAAGAAAGUGUUUUAAAUUUAGAUUUACGCCAAAAAAAGAGAAAAGAGAUGAGCAGUUCAGGUUAACAUUGUGAAAUCCCAUCCAGUUCUCAAUUAGUAUUCCCUGUCAGCUACAUUUAAACCCAUACAAAACUUACUACAUGUAUAAGGAUAUUUUCAUUGGACCACAGCACCCAUCUAUACAUGUGUGGAUAAUCUAUUGGAUACCAAAUCUUAAACUAUAAUACUAUAAAUCUGUAACAUCUGUAAAUUUGAGUUUCUUGACGCAGACACUGAUCUAUGGAAGGAAAAGGCAGGAAUGUGAAGUAUAUGUUAUUAUUUGCUAAUGAGUCACACACAGCAGCUACGGUCCUUCCAUUAUUCAAAGUUAAACUUUGUUUGAAUAUUCUUCUGUGUGUGACUGUGUGAAGGGAUCAUGCAGACUGUUUAUGGUUUAUCUGAGGCUAAUCAAGUGUGAGGUGAGUGAAAAUCUGUACAAAAUGUGCAGAAUUAUCGUAACGUCUGAAUUGUAUCAGAUCUCAGGUGAAUUUCUGAAUGUUUACAUAAAUGCAGUUCACUGUGUGAUCUUUACUUUUGAUUGUAUAUUUCCUAUAUUUCGGGUGGCAGUGAUGAGUUGAAUAAAAUGAAAAUGUGACAGUUGAA